AUGAGCCAACGUGCAAUGCUGAAAACUGUCAUUCUUGGAGAUAGUGGUGUUGGAAAAACAUCUCUCAUGAAUCAAUAUGUCAACAAGAAGUUUUCGAACCAAUACAGGGCCACUAUCGGAGCGGAUUUUUUAAGUAAAGAGACUGUUGUUGAUAACAAACAAAUAACUCUCCAGAUUUGGGAUACUGCUGGACAAGAGCGCUUCCAGAGUCUUGGGGUAGCCUUCUAUCGCGGAGCUGAUAGUUGUAUUCUAGUCUACGAUACCACCUCACUCAAGUCAUUCGAAAAUAUUGACAAUUGGAAGAAAGAAUUUCUUGAACAAGCCGAACCUAAAGAUCCGGAUACUUUCCCUUUCGUGCUACUAGGGAACAAGGCAGAUGACACGGUCAAUAGGAAGGUUCCAUUACAAAGUGCCAUAAAUUGGUGCAAAGUUAACGGAGAAAUUACACAUUUUGAGACUAGCGCCAAAAAUUCUACAAAUGUCCAGGAAGCCUUUGAAAAUGUUACAAGACGUGCGUUGCAACGUGAUAACGCUGAUGAUGAAAUAUAUAUCCCAGACACAUUGUCACUGACCCAUGAUUAUGUACCUAGAGGGGGGAGGGGUUGCCCAUCUGGCGCACAUGCGGCGAAUGUAUGUUUAAACUAG